UCCAAACGAAAGCCCCUUUUUAAAAGCCACGUGUUCUUCAGAAAGCGUCCGUUUUUUCUUCUCCUCGAACCUUCGUCCGUCUGAGCUGAAAAGCUGGGUGUUCUUUAGUAAAAACAAUCCCUUUCAAAUUUCCAGUUCCCGGCUUUCUGCUUCCGCUUCUGCGUUGAAAUUCUAUACUAGUUUGCAUUUCUGGAACACUCAUUCGCAUCUGAUGAUGAACAAGAAGCGUGGCAAACCGCCGCCCGAUCCCGUCGCUGUUUUAAGGGGUCAUCGCGCUUCUGUUAUGGACGCUUGCUUCCAUCCCUCCGAGCCUUUACUCUACACGGGUGCUGCUGAUGGUGAGCUACGAAUAUGGGACACUCUCCAGCAUAGAACAUUAUCCUCUUCUUGGGUCCAUGCUGCCGGGGCUGGGAUCAUUUGUGUUGCUACGAGUCCUUUGAUUGGAAAUAAAGUUGUAAGUUUCCUAUGUUUUGAUGCAUGUAGCCAGGGUAGAGAUGGAACUGUGAAAUGCUGGGACAUUGAAGGUGGUGGCUUGUCCAGGAAGCCUUUGCUUACUUUCAAGACAAACUCUUACCAUUUUUGCAAGCUUUCAGUAGCUAAGCCAUCUACUUGUCUGGCACAGGCCAGACAUACUUCUUAUCUCGAUGAAUCUAUCGAGCAGGGGGGGUCUUUAGCUGUUGAACUAAAAGAACCUUCAGAUAAUUAUGAUCUGGAGGAAGGGGAUCACUCUACAGUGGAAAUGUUAGAUGGAGGUGGAACGAGCAUAGAAAAGGAUCAGAGAGAUCCAAGAGAGAGUUUGAUCCAAACAGAAGAUUUCGUGACCACUGAAGGACCAAAAUUGAUGGCUCUUGCUGGCGACCGAGCUUCUGAGGUUCAAAUUUGGGAUCUCAAUACUGCUAAAAGGUUAGCAUCCUUGCCUCAGAAUUGCGAAGGAAGGUCCGCUGAACACUCGACAAAGUCACGAGGAUUGUGUAUGGCUGUUCAAGCAUUUUACCUAUCUACACAUGGCUUCCUAAAUGUCCUGGCCAGCUAUGAAGAUGGAAGCAUGCUUUGGUGGGAUUUACGGAGCCCAGGGAUUCCAUUAUCUACUGUAAAAUUUCAUUCAGAGCCAGUUUUAAGCCUAGCUGUUGAUGGAUCAUGCAUGGGGGGCAUCUCUGGAGCUGCAGAUCACAAAAUUAUGCUAUUUACACUUGAUCAUCAGACAGGAUCUUGUUUGAUGAAGAAAGAAAUUAAUCUAGAGAGACCUGGCAUAGCAGGUACCUCGAUACGAGCAGACGACAAAAUUGUUGCGACUGCAGGCUGGGAUCACAGGGUACGCAUUUAUGAUUAUCGCAAAGGAAAUGCUCUUGGAAUACUGAAGUAUCACAGUGCUAUGUGUAAUGCAGUGGCUUUCUCAGCAGACUGUAAGCUAUUGGCAUCUUCUUCAGAAGAUGCUACAGUGGCAUUAUGGGAAGUCUAUCCCCCAUCAGACUCUAAAACGGAUACUACUUAAAAGAGUUU